UUUAAACACACACAAGUGAUCGUCUUCUUCCAUUUAAGCUGAGCUCAGUGAAAAACCCUAGGCAGUACGCGUCACUCUGCUCAAGCCGUCAACAAUGUCGAAGCGAGGACGUGGAGGAACGUCUGGUAACAAGUUCAGGAUGUCCCUUGGUCUCCCCGUGGCGGCUACCGUGAACUGCGCCGACAACACCGGUGCCAAGAACCUUUACAUCAUUUCGGUGAAAGGAAUCAAAGGUCGUCUUAACCGAUUACCUUCUGCUUGCGUCGGAGACAUGGUGAUGGCCACCGUCAAGAAGGGAAAGCCUGAUCUCCGUAAGAAGGUUCUGCCAGCUGUCAUCGUUAGGCAGAGGAAGCCGUGGCGCCGAAAGGAUGGUGUCUUCAUGUACUUCGAAGAUAAUGCUGGAGUCAUCGUCAACCCCAAGGGAGAAAUGAAGGGUUCUGCGAUCACUGGUCCUAUUGGUAAAGAGUGCGCUGAUCUCUGGCCGAGGAUUGCUAGUGCUGCCAAUGCCAUUGUCUAAUGAUCAGAGCAAGAAGUCUUUUGCUGGCGUUUGAUUAUCAUUCUGAAUCUUGUUUGAGUUAUAAUUAUAUCAAAAACAAAUUUGAGGAUUUUGGUAGAACGUGUUUUGACAUUAUGGCGUAAUGUUCGACAUUUAAAUAUUUUUGGUUAUUUAGACAUUUGGAAUCUUGUUUACAGUUACAUCUUGAUUUGAGA